ACCACGGGGCAUGUACUUCCUGUUAAGGAGGCGCAGUCAGCUGUCACAGUCUGCGAGGCGAGAAGAGGGAGCAGAGCGACGACAAACACAGCAGCAGCCAAAAUGUCCAGCUUCUCCACCAAGUUCAGCGGCUACACCAUGACUCAGCUCAACGAGUUCCUGGAGGACGACGAGAAAAUGUCCAAAAUGGUCCAGGAGAUGGAGGAGAUGCAAGAGGUCCAGCAGAACAAGGAGAAGACGCUGGCCAACAACCGGACGCUUGCCGAACAGAACCUGACCCUGCAGCCCCAACUGGAGCACAAGAAGGAGCAGCUCACCAAGAGCUACAGCCGCCUGCAGGAGGGCUUCGAGUCCUAUCAGCUCCGCAAGUCCAGACUGGACCAUAAGUCAGGAAACUCCUCCCUGGACACGCUGCUGGCCCUGCUGCAGACAGAAGGAGCCAAAAUAGAGGAAGAGACGGAGAACAUGGCCGACUCCUUCCUGGAUGGCGACAUGACCCUGGAUGCCUUCAUCGAUUCCUACCAGAGCAAGAGGAAGCUGGCCCACCUCAGACGGGUGAAGAUCGAGAAGCUGCAGGAGAUGGUGGCUAAGGGCCAGCAGCUCCCCCAGGCCGCCGCCCCCUCUUCCUCCUCCCGCCUCCAGGACGUUCCUGCGGCGGUGUCGUCCCUCCUCGCCGACGGCGGCGGUAGCAGCAGCUCCUCUCCGGCCGCUCAGGCCAGGAGGAAACCUCCCCCCCCUCCCUCUCAGCCAGCUCCGGUGUUGAACCAGGCUCCGGCGGCGGCCCCCCAGCCUCCGUUCUUCUGCCAGCCGGCGCAGUACCCGCCCAUCCCUCCCAGGACAGGGCAGCCCUUCCCCAGCGUCCCCGCCGCCUACCCCAGCCACUACCUCUCUCAGUACCCCCCCGCUCUGCCUCAGAGGCCCCCGCCCCGCCUGGCCCCUCAGCCCGGCUUCAUCAUUCAAUAAGUUCCUCCAAGUUUUUUCCUUUUCCGACGUUCUGUUUUUCAAAGACAACUGGAACUCCUCUGAGAACAAUGUUUCCAUGUCGUCUGCCUUCUGGGAUCUUGCCCGGCAGCAGACCGUUGGUCGGUCCGACCGCCUCCAUCCCAGGCAGACCUCCUCUAACCUCCCUGGAUUCCCUCUCGCCCAUCAGUGCCCAUCCAGGUAAAAAACCAUCAGAAAUGUGGUGGGACUCUGUGGUUCCUCCCAGCCAGUCCCUUCAGAGAAAGGAGCUGGAUCAGGGAAGCAAACGGCAGGACUUCCUGCCCACCAUCUCCAUCAGAGCAUGCCGAGUCAGCGCCGCAUGAAGCCAGGAGAGACCCCGAUUACUGUGCAGUUUCCAAUAUUCAGCCAAAAGCUGCAUCUCUGCUGGGAUUUAUCGUUUAACUACAUUAGAAGGUACGUAGGAAUGUUUAGCCAGGAUUUCUGAUUAACCCCUGUGAGGAGGGAGGGAGGGAUGGGGUCAGGGAGCCCGGCCCCCGCCUGGACGCUGCAGGCGUGUGUUGGACCUUAUGGGCUCCCGUUGUCCCGCAGCGCCCCUCCCAUGAUGUCUGUUCUAACGCCCUCAGUAGGAACCUUGGCUCCGCUCCGUUCCACGCCGAGCACCAAAGACUUCCUGCGUCGCUCUGGAUCCGUUCCACUCGCCCCGUUAUUUGGGCUGAACCAAGCAUUUAGUGGAGUCCUCCGCCAUGACUCCCAGCCUAUCCUUUGUGAUGCUUUGAUUCUUUUUGGAAACAUGCAAGAACCCCCCCCCCACCAUCACCCCAACCUGUGCACUGUUCAAGAGCCACGAGUGCCUACGCCUCACAGUGACGCUGUGCUGAUUACUUUAUGUCCCCCCCCCCCUCCCGAUGCGUAUAGAGAUGGUUCCAGAUCUUUGAGGUGAGGCUUUGUUAGCGGCUCAUGUCUUGGCUGCAGUAGACGCCGUCGUUUCCUGUCGGGGAGUCGAUGACUGAAACAAUUCCAGGUUCUCUUCUCAGUGGGCGGGGCUCCUGUAGUAAACGCCGCUGUUCUGUCAGAUGAGCAUACCCAGUCAGACCAGCGUACUCUUGGUCAAAACCCGUUUAUCUCCUUUAGUUUAUCUCUUUAGUUUUGCAUGAAAAAUAAUC